AUGCUUUUCAUCUCAGCCCUCUCCACAACAACAAUGAAGUUCUCCGCUCUCCUCUCCGUCGGCCUUGCCGGUGCCGCUUCUGCUCACUACGUCAAGAGCCUGACCGAGUACACCAAGGACAUUCCGCAGUGCGCUGUCGCCGCCAUGAAAAUCGGCAUGAAGAACCAGGGUUGCGACUUGCAGCACAUCGACGCCAAAGACUUUGACUGCAUCUGCGACAACUACAUCGACAUUGACGGCCGCGUCUAUGCCGAGGUCGACCACUCCUGCGCUGCUGACUACGCGUCUGCGGCUGGCAUUCUCUGCGGUGCGUGGGAGGUCGAGAGCACUACCGCCUCGGAUCUGCCCCAGGCCACCAAGGCCCUCGCUGACAUACUCGGCGGUGGCGCACCCAAGGCGCAGGCCACCGGGGAAGCUGCCGGCGAGUCCAAUGCUACGACCCAGACUUCCUCUCAGCAGGCCAAGGAUGCUGCGCCUGUCAAGAACCGUGCUCCCGCUCCCACCGGUCGCAUUGCGCGCUCCUUCGGCGGUGCUGCCGUCGCUGCUGCUGCCAUGCACCUUUAA